GCUUGUGCCAUUCAUUCCUUCUUUUCCUCUCCUCUUCUCCCUUUUUCUCUUUCAAACCGCCAAUUCCCUAAUCAUACAGUCCUUGAGAUACUAUACCACACACGCACCCACCCACCCCCUAUCCCAAGCCACCCGGCCGAAAGACAGCAAGCAAAUGUUAUGAAAUGAGACUAUCCUACCGUAUCGGUACGGCCGCCCUUCUUAUCGUCGCCAUCAUCCUGAUCAAGCGCCACCUCGAUCUCGUCCAGGAUGAUUCGCGCGUCCAGUCGGGCUGGAGCUUCAACGGCGUAAGCGGAGGAGAAGGAGGAGGACCGGGCUUGUCGGAACCUGUGGCCAGCGACAAGAACCAGAACAACAACAACGGUGCCAACACCCCCGCCGCAAAGGGGGGAUUCUCGAUGGUGGGGGAUGGGAAGAAUGGACCAUCGGCCGACCACAAGAACAACGAGGACGACGACGGCAUUGCGCUCGGGUCGCGGCCGAUGUACGAAACCACGCCGAUUAUCGUUCCCAAUGACCGAGUGAUUGUGAUGGCCAAAUUGGCCGCGGAGGAUACCGCAUGGGUUAGCAAUGACUUGGCGGACUGGCGCAACUUCAUCUACACGGUCGACGACAUCAACGCGGCCAAACACACGCCCAAGAACAAGGGCCGCGAGAGCCUGGCAUACCUGCAGUACAUCGUGGACCACUACGACGACCUGCCGUCGACGAUCGUCUUCAUGCACAGCCACCGCGACGGGUUUCCGGUGGCGUGGCACACGGACACGAUGGUGUACAGCAACGUGGACUCGAUCCGGGCGCUGCAGACGGACUUCGUGCAGCGCAACGGCUACGCCAACCUGCGCUGCCAGCCGAGUCCCGGCUGCCCGGACGAGAUCCGGCCGUUCCGCGACCCGCCGCAGCAGGGCCAGACCACCGAGCACGUCUACGCCGACGCCUGGAAGCAGCUCUUCAACAACACCGACGUCCCCGAGGUCGUCGCCGUCGCCUGCUGCUCGCAGUUCGCCGUCUCGAGGGAUCAGGUCCUCAAGCGGCCCCUGAGCGACUACCAGUGGUUCUACGAAUGGGUGCUCACCACCCCCUUGAACGAUGACCUCGCCCGCCAUGUCAUGGAGUAUACCUGGCAUAUUAUCUUCGGCCAGGACCCGGUCUACUGUCCUGACACCUACCAAUGCUACGAGGACGUCUACGGAACCCCCUACUUGUGAUCUAUCCUUCUCUUAUCCCUCCAUCGCCGUCACCGUUGCCGCCGACUUCAUCCCUCACCUGUACAGAAUACCCCCCCCCCGCUGUUCUUUCAUCCAUCUAUUCAC